AUGGCCAAGCUCGGCUUGAUCGUCCUACUUUUUACCCUUCUAAUUGCCUUGGUUUCCACCGCUCGUCCGACCAGUAAUCGACAGCUGGAGAAGACGCUGAUGGCCAAAUAUGAGCGAAGACAUCGUCCUGUGAAGAGAGAGUCAACGACUACAACUGUGAAAGCGUUCAUUGUGAUAAAUCAUAUUGAAGAAGUCGUAAGUGUAGGGCGCAGGUCGGGAAUUUUUUUUUGAUUUUUUGGGAUGAUUUUUGAAAAAGGUAUGGAGGCUAUCGUAUUUUAAAAUUAUCUGUGAGUUUAUUAAACUUUUUUUUUAUUUUAUCUAGGGCGCAGCUCGCGAAAUAAUUUUUCAAAAUAAUUAUUUUUUUUUAAUUUGUUUUUUUGAUGUUUUACUACAGUACGAAUUUCGAUUUUUUUUAUUUUUUUUUUGAUUUUCACUUUAUUUUAUCAAUUUUUCCAAAAAAAUUUUUUUGCACAGUGCAGUUUCGUAGUGCAAAAAACCCUAUGACUUUGCACAGUGCAGUUUAAUAGUGCAAAAAACCCUACGAAUUUGCACAGUGCAGUUUCGUAGUGCAAAAAACCCUAUGAAUUUGCACAGUGCAGUUCUGUAGUGCAAAAAAGCCUAUGAAUUUGCACAGUGCAGUUUCAUAGUGCAAAAAACCCUACGAAUUUGCACAGUGCAGUUUCGUAGUGCAAAAAACCCUAUGAAUUUGCACAGUGCAGUUCUGUAGUGCAAAAAAGCCUAUGAAUUUGCACAGUGCAGUUUCAUAGUGCAAAAAACCUUAUGAAUUUGCACAGUGCAGUUUCAUAGUGCAAAAAACCUUAUGAAUUUGCACAGUGCAGUUUCAUAGUGCAAAAAACCCUAUGACUUUGCACAGUGCAGUUUCAUAGUGCAAAAAACCUUAUGAAUUUGCACUGUGAAAAAAUUUAUUUUACUUGCCUAAAACUUCUUUUCAGCCUUUCCCAAAAUGAUUUUUACGACCUUUCAGAACCAGGACGAGCAAACGAUGAUCGUCCACGGGAUGCUGUGGGCCCAAUGGAAGGACGAAUACUUGACCUGGGACCCGAAAAACUGGUCCAACGUCGACAUGAUCACCAUUCAGCCGUGGAAGAUCUGGCAGCCCGCGUUUGCGCUCUACAACUCGGCCAAGACGAACAGCUGGUAUCUGUACAUGAAUGGGCAGCCGGCGACGGUCACUUCGACGGGCAAAGUGAGCGCCAUUGGGGCUUUUACUUUCCAUGUGACGUGCUCGUUUGAUUUUACUGCGUUCCCGUAUGAUGUGCAGGUAAGAGAGUGGGAUUUGGAGGAGGAUUUUGUGGGAAAUUUGGGUGAUUUUUUGGGGGAAAAAAUUUGCAAAAAUUUUUGAAAAACUUUGCCAAAAAUUGAAUUUUUUUGGAGCUAAAAAUUACUGUAACUAGUUAUAAAAAAUUUUACAAUUAUUUUUACAGAGUGUAGUAUCAAAUAUUAUCAUUUUUCAAAAAAAAAAAAAAAAAAAAAUAAAAAAAAAAAAAAAUUUUUUUUUAUUUACAUCUUACAUCUCACAACCAGUCUACAUCUAUAUAUAUCUUCCAGAAAUGCCCCAUCGUCAUUGCGGAUUGGGUAUACGACCUGUCCAAGGUGAACCUCACCAACACUGGGAUCUUGCCCAGGCCAGUGAUCAGACUCAGCACAAAUCCAUUUGGAGGGACGCCGAAGCGACAUGUCGCGGGUUGGUUUUCAUUUUUAAACUUUUAUUUUACUUCGUUAAAUAAAAUCUUACGGGAUUUUUGCACAGUGCGAAUUUCAAAAAAAGUUUUUUUUGCACUGUGCAAGCCAAUUUUUUUGAUGAUUUAUUGAAGAAGUGUAAUAUGCGCUUGAAGAAAAAUGUCUUAAGCAAUGAAAAAGGUAUUGUCAGUAAUUGUGAUGAUAUGAAUUUUGAGGGUAGACGGCACUAUGGAGAGAGUUAUUCACAUUUUUUGAUUUUGACUGCACUGUGCGGUCCAAUUUUUUAGUUUUUUAUUAUUUAUUGCAGUUGCUUGA